CCUUGUCUCAUGCCCCUGACCUCCAAGCAAGGUUGAGUGGCUGGUUCAGGGAGUUAGAUGGAAUUCCUUGGCACUACCCAGACUGCCAGCUACUGCGGACCUCGGAAGAGUUGCUUGCUUCCAGAGGUGGCCCCAACCAGCAUCAGCCAGGACAGCUACCAGUCUUAUUACCUGCCAGGCUACCGCUACCUGAACUCAUGGCGCCCCAGCUUGUUCUACAAAAUGUCCGCCUUCCGGCCCAACGAUGAGGGAGCGGGGCGCCUCUGUGCCCCACUGCGGCCUCCCACCAUCCUGCCGUCGGUGCGGUCCUCCUUGUACGCCCGCUACAGCCCCCACGACUGGUACAAAGCCAACCAGCUCCAGAUCAAGGGCUCGGAGGCUUACCGGCACUGGGCCGGGAGGCUGAACGCCGACACCGGGAGGCUGGUACAGGACAAAGACCAGCUGACACGGCAGCAGCAGGAAGACUCCGGGAAGAAUAUCGGGCAGAGGCUAGCGGACAUCAAUUUCUGGAGGUCCGAGCUGACCUAUGAACUCGAACGGCUGCUGUCCGACACCCGCAUGUUGGACACAGCCAAGAGGCGCCUAGAAUGUGCUGCGGAUGAAGCCCAGGGACCACUGCAGGUGGGUGCUGAGGGUGGUCCAGGUAUAAUAAUAAUAAUAAUGAUUUUAUUAUUUGUACCCUGCCUAUCUGACUGGAAGAGACGCGGGUGGUGCUGUGGGUUAAACCACAGAGCCUAGGACUUGCUGAUCAGAAGGUCGGCGGUUCAAAUCCCCACGACGGGGUGAGCUCCUGUUGCUCGGUCCCUGCUCCUGCCAACCUAGCAGUUUGAAAGCACGUCAAAGUGCAAGUAGAUAAAUAGGUACCGCUCUGGCGGGAAGGUAAACGGUGUUUCCGUGUGCUGCUCUGGUUCGCCAGAAGUGGCUUAGUCAUGCUAACCACAUGACCCGGAAGCUGUACGCUGGCUCCCGCGGCCAGUAAAGCAAGAUGAUCGCCACAACCCCAGAGUCGGCCAUGACUGGACCUAAUGAUCAGGGGUCCCUUUACCUUUACCUAUCUGACUGGAUUGCCCUGUCACUCUGGGAGGCUUCCAGCAUAUAUGAAAACACAGUAAAACAUGAAACAUUAAAAUCUUCCCUAUACAGGGCUGCCUUCAGAUGUCUACAGAAGGUUGUAUCAUUGGCUCUUUCUUUGACGGGAGGGCAUUCCACAAGGCGGGUGCCACCAUCGAGAAGGCCCUGUGCCUGGUUCCCUGUAACCUCACUUCUCACAGUGAGGGAACUUCCAGAAGGCCCUUGGAGCUGGAUCUCAGGGUCUGGGCUGAACAACAGGGGUGUUCUUAACUUUAACACUCUUGGUUUGGUAUGCAACUGUGCUGAGAAGCCAUUUGGCUUUCUCUUGGGCAACCUCUGUAGCCAAAGUGGUGGUCCGCCUUCCCUCCCUUAAUAGAACCAUCCCUUGUUUCUAAUAUCAAAACAGCACGACUCCCAGAUCUUCAAAACGACAGUCAUGCUUCAAGUCCUUGGGAGUACUGUAAUUUAUUGCUUGUUUCCAGGGCUUUAUUUCAGCCAGAACUCACUGGAACUCAGUCCCGGUACCUCUCAGAUGGGUGCCAUUGCCAUUGUAAGAGAAAAAGGGAGGUUGUGCAUGGUGAAUUCUGUCACCUCUUUUUCUAGAAAAAUAGCACUGCUCGUUUCCAAUGUUCUGAUACCUUUCCAUAAAACCGCAAUCAAGGCAAUCAGCAGAAACGAGAUAACCAACAAAUCAAGUAUAAGUAAGAAACCACCAUACCACUAAUAAUAAUAAUCUAAAAGCAAUGAUCUAAAUCAGCAAUGUUGAACCUGUAGAUUGCUGUGGUGCUCCCGGUGGACUGCAGGAGUAAUAAAAGUGAUCACCUGGUUUCUCCUUAGUGAUUGCGGCACACCACUCCGCCGCUGCUUCGAAAGGUUGUAUUUGCUGCGCUGGCGGCAAGUGGGGAAAGGAGGGAGUGCCCCCCCAAAAGCUCAACAACAACUCUGGUGUCUUUCCCUAAAAAAAGCUCAAGAACUAUGGGCAGUAAUAGGUAGAUCACUGCCAGUUUUAUUAUACUUGGAGUAGAUCUCAGUCUCUAUAGAGUUGGUCAUGCCUGAUCUAGAUGGUCACAAGCAACUGCAGUCAAAUCUUAUUUAAAAACACCAUCCAGAACAGGUCCACUGAGAAAAAGCCAUUUGUAGUCACGUGUAGACCACAGGGCCUAGGACUUGGCGAUCAGAAGGUCGUCGGUUUGAAUCCCUGCGAUGAGGUGAGCUCCCGUUGCUCGGUCCCUGCUUCUGCCAACCUAGCAGUUCAAAAGCAUGUCAGUUCCUCCGGCAGGAAGGCAAACGAUGUUUGCGUGCGCUGCUCUGGUUCGCCAGAAGCGGCUUAGUCAUGCUGGCCACAUGAUCUAGAAGCUGUACGCCGGCUCCCUCGGCCAGUAAAGCAAGAUGAGCGCUGCAACUCCAGAGUCGACCACGAUUGGACCUAAUGGUCAGGGGUCCCUUUACCUUCACCUUUAACACAGCACCCCAGACCCACUUUGCACUGGGCAAGGGGGAGAUUUGAACUGAGUGUUCCUCCAACUAAGCUGGCUUUCUGCCACCCACGGAGCAAGAUCUCACUUUCUCCUUCGUCUGCAAAAUGUCCCGGUGGGCAGGAAUGCUGAGAACGGGGAGCCCACCAGUGGUAGCUGGCAGAAAGCCCCCAGAUGGUGCUACAACAGCAGCAAGAGUCUUGAUAGCACAAGGAUGGAAGAAUGAAGAAACCCCGACGAAAGAACAGUGGCAAGAGAAAUUGAUGGACUAUGCAGAACUGGCGUAACUGACAUACAAAUUGCGAGAUAAGGACAACUGCGACUUUAAAGAAGAAUGGGAACUUUUUACAGAUUACUUAAAAAGACAACAAAAUGAACUGGACUCCUUGGCAGGGAAAAAAAUGGGGGGGGGGGACAAGGGGGAACAAGGAAGAGAAUUUGUUAUAUAUAUAUGUUGUUGUUUAGUUGUGUCCGACUCUUCGUGACCCCAUGGACCAGAGCACGCCAAGCACUCCUGUCUUCCACUGCCUCCCGCAGCUUAGUCAAACUCAUGUUAGUAGCUUUGAGAACACUGUCCAACCAUCUCGUCCUCCGUCAUCCCCUUCUACUUGUGCCCUCAAUCUUUCCCAGCAUCAGGGUCUUUUCCAGGGAGUCUUUUCUCAUGAGAUGGCCAAAGUAUUGGAGCCUCAGCUUCAGGAUCUGUCCUUCCAGUGAGCACUCAGGGCUGAUUUCCUUCAGAAUGGAGAGGUUUGAUCUUCAUGCAGUCCAUGGGACUCUCAAGAGUCUCCUCCACCAUACCGGUAAUUCAAAAGCAUCAAUUUUUCGGUGAUCAGCCUUCUUUAUGGUCCAGCUCUCACUUCCAUACAUCACUACAGGGAAAACCAUAGCUUUAACUAUAUGGACCUUUAUUGGCAAGUUGAUUUCUCUGCUUUUUAAGAUGCUGUCUAGGUUUGUCAUUGCUUUUCUCCCAAGAAGCAGGCGUCUUUUAAUUUCGUGACUGCUGUCACUGUCUGCAGUGAUCAUGGAGCCCAAGAAAGUAAAAUCUCUCACUGCCUCCAUUUCUUCCCCUUCUAUUUGCCAGGAGGUGAUGGGCCCAGAAUAGCCCCCAGAUGGGGUGUAGUCCAGAGGUGGGUGUGGGGCUGGACCAGCCUGAGAUCUGUGGGAUUUUGGACCAGUCUCUCUGCCUCUGAGCGACAGCGUCAGUCACCAAUUUGGGCCCAUUCGCUGUGCCAGCUCCAAGCUUCCGAAGCAAUCUUACUGACCCCUCUCUGCUCUGCCGCUUCAUAAAGCACCACUGUGGAUGGGUGUAGAUUUGGACUGCACCCUCAGGUUGUUCCAGCGAGAACGACAAAUAAUAACGGGGGCACACAGAAGAAAAUGGGCGAGAUUCACUUAACCAGCCCUGUCGCCAGAAGCCCUGAGCGAAGACGACUGAAGAGCGGGUUCUGAACUAUCUUCAAAGACAGCCCCAUGGGGCCUUGCCAGAUGCUUUAUCUGUGCGCUUGGGGAUCACUUCUUUAACCCGACUGUUGAGAACCUUUGGUUUCGGAACAAAAAAGCGUGCACUCUUCCCUUAAGCUGUAGAAAAGUGCACACAACACACAGGUCCCAAAAUUCAGAGAGUAAAUGGCAGGCUUUGUUGAAAAGUGACGUGCAGCGGUUAAGGCUGAUAGCACCCUUGCCCUGACUCUUCCUAGUCCGGUCUUGCUUUUUGAGUCUAAAACUGGCCACAAGGUGGUGUACUAGUCUCGCUUUUCAAAUAGAUGUGGCUCAGUUUUCUUUUGGGUAGAGCAGCCAAGACGGGUUGCAUGUCCCCUUCAAGCCUGACAGGGGUCUAGAGGCAGAAGUGCAACGUUUCCAGUAGUGUAGCGAGCCCAGGGUGUGUGGGUGGUGGUCCACACUGGAAGGGAGGGGUCGUAGGGAGGCACAGAAGUCUGUACUGUGCGUUGGGGGUUGGGAUUCUGGGGGGCAGGGGAGCUUGGGGUGGCCCAGUGGUUAUUGGGUGUGUUGUGCGUCCCUGAAAUCAGCGGCUGUCCUAAAAAAAGCUGAUCCACUUUGAUUUUCACCCAAAAGCUGAACAACUUUCGUCUGCCCCGGGCGCCAGUGGGGGUUGCUACACUACUGAAAUCUUAGUUUUUUUCCUUCCAUGUCCACAACUUUGUUCCAUGUUCUGUGAUUGGAUGAAACAAUACUGCUGUCUUCUGGGAGGGGAAUUUGAUGCAUCUUCUUCAAGGACAUUGAAGCCUUGCUCUAUCUGAAGUACUUGGGGUGGGGUAUUGUUUGGCAAAAACAGCAUACAAAAAUUCGUAUUAGGGGGAAUUGUUUCGCAAAAAACUGUGCAUUAGGCAAAAUUGGGUACAAAAAAGAAAUGUGGUGAUUAGGAGAAAUUCAUACCACAACACCGACGAAUUCUCACAAGGACCUUUUAAAACAAAUGAAUUGCAAACUGAUAUGGAAAAGUGGAGAUCUGAUUGCUGGCUGAUGGCUGAAGUUCCCAUAAUGUCUGCAGCUUAGGCAUGCAGUUGGACAAGCUUGAAGACGUACAAAUCUUCCCUAAGCAUCAGCACUUAAUAAUAAGGGCAGAUAUGGAAGAAGAAAUUAAUCUGUGAAUUUUCAGGGGGUAGAAAUGCAUGUAGACAAGUAUUUAAAUAUAUAUUUUAAAAGGUAUCUUCCUGCAAAAUACACUUCUUCUUUUUUUGAAGUGACAGCAACAUUGGGGCAUCUAGGAAGUGUGAAAGUCAGUGGAUAACUAGCAGUGCAAUACCAACCAGAAGUGCAAAGUUUCCAGUAGUGUAACGAGCUCAGGGUGUGGGGGUGGUGGUCCACAUUGGAAGGGAGGGGUUGCAGGGAGGCACGGAAGUCUGUACUGUGCGUUGGGGGUUGGGAUUCUGGGGGGCAGGGGAGCUUGGGGUGGCCCAGCGGUUGUUGAGUGUAUGAGUAAUAAGUCUCAUUGAUGGGGUUUACUCCCAGGUAAGUAGGGUUAGGCUUGCAGCCUCAGCACUGUUCUACACCUUAGUUUGGGGAAGUGUGGAUCGAAUAGUGUUUGUGUCAAAAUUCACACAAAAAAAUUGAAUUCCUUGUGUGUCCUUAGGCUGACCCAGAGGGGGAAAAAGGGUCCAGUAAUUUAGCCGCUAAUGGGUCUCCUAAUUGCCAUUUUGAUCAUCCAGCGCUUUGGGUCCUAGCAACAAACAAACAUCCAUUCAUCCACAUGUUUUAGUUACAGGUUAACCAUUCACAGAUAUAUUUGGAACAGUUUUCUUCCUCUAUUAGGAGAUCGAACGCAGAAAAGAAAAACACCUUGCAGUGUUUUUCCAAAGACUCACUAUUAGUCUUUACCCCUCUGAAGGAGUUAUCUGAACCCGUGGUUUUCUUGUCUGCUUUCAGGUGGCUUUGGAAUGCUUAUACAAUCGGGAGAAACGGAUGGGCAUCGACUUGGUCCAUGAUGACGUGGAAAAGAAUCUCAUCCAGGUACAGCAAGCCUUGCCGGCUUUGUGAAAUGAGUUUGCAGAAGGUAGCCAGAAAGAGCACUCGAGACAGGUGUUCUGUUUUUUUGAUAAAACCCAUUUUAUGGAUUCUCCCUUGGCUCUCUAUCUUGCUCAGAGAAGUCCAAGUUUGACCUGAAAUUUCAGAGCAGCAGUUCCCAGCCUCUGGGUCAACAACCCGCAAGUGGAUUCAUGAAGCCUGUGCAAGUGGAUCAGAGGCUUUAGGAGUAAACCCAAAACAAUUAUGGCUUGUGACCUACGGCUUUUUGUUUUGUUGGCAUAUGGUCUUGUUGUGUUGACACUUGUCACCAAACACCAGAAAUGCUAGAGUCUUGCAUCUUAAGACCUGAGAACCGCGAUCUGGUGGCAGAGAAGACCUAAGGUCCAAAAUUCAUAUGAUAAUAAAUCAUAUGAAUAAACCAAGCACAAUUUGAACCUAAAGCCAGAUUAUAGUACAUAGAAGGAGAUAGUUGUGCUCCUUAAUUAUUUUUAUUUUUAAAAAGCUCAAGAGAUGUACAUCACAGGUAUACAUUGGGAAGGGCCAGGGCCAGGGCCAGGUUUUAAAGCUUUUUCCCUAUCCCCAAAGUGCAUUUAAAUUCCGUUUUCGGGCAGGGGGGUAGGGGGAUUUUGUGCAUUGUUACUCGGAAGUCUAAAGUUUAGCUGCAUUAGAUUUCUUUCAGCAUUAUGCUAUUUUCACGCCAGAAACAAGUUUAGGAAAACUGGCCCAAACCCAAACUGACGUAAAAUUUAUAAUUAUCUUAGUGCGUUAAAGCAAAAAUCAAAACAAAUUUUUAAAAACCACCUUAAUUUCAGGACAAAUAGAUUUAUAGAUGGAGAACUGGGACUCAUUUUAUCACAUUUGAGAUGUGCUAUCCUCCAUCAAGGGGUGCGGGUGGUGCUGUGGGUUAAACCACAGAGCCUAGGGCUUGCCGAUCAGAAGGUUGGCGGUUCGAAUCCCCGCAACGGGGUGAGCUCCUGUUGCUCGGUCCCUGCUCCUGGCAACCUAGCAGUUUGAAAGCAUGUCAAAGGGCAAGUAGAUAAAUAGGUACCGCUCUGACGGGAAGGUAAAUGGUGUUUCCGUGUGUUGCUCUGGUUUGCCAGAAGCGGCUUAGAUAUGCUGGCCACAUGACCCGGAAGCUGUGCACCGGCUCCCUUGGCCAAUAAAGCGAGAUGAGCGCUGCAACCCCAGAGUCAGUCACAACUGGACCUAAUGGUCAGGGGUCCCUUUACCCUUUACCUUUAUCCUCCAUCAAUGGGCAUUUAUUAUGAUUGCAUUUCUAUCCUACCAGGAUGUUCAAGGUGGCACAUGUCUUUAAACCUCUUUUGCUGCCUUGAUGCACAGCUGUAGUGGGCGAGGAAUCCUUUGUCUCUAUUCAAGCCUAAAGCCGUAGAAUCAAACUGCCUGGUUCAGGAAUUUUGUGACCAGCUUUCCAUAAAUCACUCAUUCGUGCUAAGAUCCCUAUUGAGGAAGACAUGUAUGGGAAGCAACUUUUGUAGCACGAGAAGCAGAAUGCAACCAGGAAUCUGUGCAUGUUCCCAUUGCUCACUGGUCCCCAGAUUUCUGGGGUCUGGGGACAAAUCUGGAAAUGCACAAAGAAGAGUUUGGAUUUGAUAUCCCGCCUUUCACUCCCUUUAAGGAGUCUCAAAGCGGCUAACAUUCUCCUUUCCCUUCCUCCCCCACAACAAACACUCUGUGAGGUGAGUGGGGCUAAGAGACUUCAAAGAAGUGUGACUGGCCCAAGGUCACCCAGCAGCUGCAUGUGGAGGAGCGGAGACGCGAACCCGGUUCCCCAGAUUACGAGACUACUGCUCUUAACCACUACACCACACUGGCUCAAAACUGUCAUGGGUACCACAAAACACGGAUGCUCAACACACCCCCUUCAAAGCGCAGGCAAGACAUCUCCAGCCUGGGAAGAAAACAAAACACAGGCCUAAAAAACCAGGCAAGCCCUCUCCCCAAGAAAGCAACAACAGCCCAACCAAACAACAGCAGCAAUGGGAAGGGGAGGGAGGCUUGGUGGAUGUUGAGAAUGUCCGAUAAAGGAUGUUCUUUCAGCCUCCAUUUUUGCAGGAUCAAUGACAGCAGGCGUCUAUUUUCCGUUGCAGGAGGUUGAUCUGAUCAGAGCAUGCCAAGAAAGAAUGAGGAAGCUUGCAGAAAGGAUUGAACAACAAAUUAAGUAAGUUUUUUAAACACACACACACACACACACACACACACACACACACACACAAUAUACAUGGCCUUUAAAGGCGGCUGGUGAAUUGGGCACCCCGUUCAUUUGCGAUGUCUCAGCCACCGUUAGAACUCAGCAGCCUUUGCCUCGAGAAAUCCUCUUUUAGUGUGUAGUUCUCCAAAGGAUGGCCAUCAGUUCUCUUGGCAGUUCUCAACAACAAAAGCCCUUUAACCUUCCUGGGUUGCCCAGCCAUCUGGAAUGGACCCAGAAUUCACAACACUACCCAGGAAGUCACACCCAGCUCUCAAAGGGAGGAACGGCAAAAGUUUCCCUGCUGCUAAAAAAAGAAGCAGCAUAAUUGCUGGUGCUACUGGGUUUUCCUUGAACCCCACCCCGCGAUGGGGUUUCUAUAACUUCACAGCAGGCAGAAAUCCAACAGGUAAGGCAUUUACUGGCAAUAAUAUUGGUGAGUCUUCCUUACCUGUUCAGCUUCUGCCUGGUAAAAGGCACUGGUGUCAUUCCGCUCAUAUUUUAGGCCGAAAUCCACAGCUUGUUUUCACGGUUUUUGAAUAUGGAAAUGGAAUUUCCAAGACUUCUUCUUUCUUGCCCAUUGUCACCUGCAAAAGGCUUUAAAAUUGUAAAUAUGCUGCUAUAACAGAAAUCCUCGUCCUCCUACACAGUGUUAACAGAGAUGCCCAACAUGCUCUCGAGAGGGACCUUGGAGACAAGAACUCGGCCCAUUUCAUCGAUGAGAAGUGCUAUAACCUGAGGAACACGUCCGACAGCAUCAAUUUCUACCACGGAGUGGAAAAAAUAGAUGGAACGUAAGUCUGGGGCACUCUGCUUAUAAUAGCCAUUACUAGAGUGGGUUAUUGAGCAUGCUGGGUAUAUGACAGACACCGAGCCCACACCUCUUAAAAUCCAGGUGUGAAAGCAAUCCUAAUAAACAGAAAGUAAACUUCCUGGAUUUCCAAAGAUGAGCAGUUGUACCUAUUGUACAAAGCAAAGCUUCAGAGGGGGGAGGCCACAACAUUUUGCUUCCACUUGGUGUGUUUGUGAAUUUGGCCUUUGAACAUGCAGAAAUUUGUAUGCAAAAUCCUUUUGUAUAAUUACAAAUUGUAUGGUGCCGUGAUGUCGUGGAUAUAUAAAUUUCUUUUUUUUUAAAAAAAAGAAAAAAGUACGCAAUUUAUUUUGCAAAGUGUCCCACAGCACCCUGUAACACAGGACAUCAUGCUGGUUUUUAGCAGUAACCCGGAUUCUUAUACCUUGCAGAGUGACGGUCCCCGAAACGUGGGCCAAGUUUAGCGAUGACAACAUCCGGUAUUCACAGAACGCACGGGCCAAUACAGCCACCCUCUGCAGCGAAGCGGACCACACCCUGGAAACCACUUCCGACGAUAUGUGGAGGCAGUGGACAAACACGAAUUUGGCCUUCGACGCCCGCAUUUCGGAAAUAGCGGACUCCAAGAACCAGCUGCAGGCACAGCUGGCCAAGGUAGGAGGGCUCUGGUCUUCAAGAGGCUGGGCGGGUUAGGCAGAGACUGCUCUGCUGAGUGCUGGGGAUGGAAAAGACUUCAGGUGGAAAUGGAGGCAGGAGUGGAAAUUGCCCAUGUUCCCUCCUUCCUCCUGGGUCCAGAAUGGAAACCAAACCAGUGAAUAUCGCCAAUAUUUCCCAAUACGAAACUGCCAAGCUGCUAAGAUCCUUUGUUUUGGUGGUCCUAGAGCUCUCCCACCUCUUUUCCCUAGCUGUAUAAACACACCUCCUGUAAAAAUGUAGUAUAAAUGCUGACAACUGGCCUGCGAGCGCUCCAAUUGGAGAACAGCCUUUACCAAAGGUGUCAUGGGCUUUGAAGACGCUCAAACUCAGGACACAAGGGAGAAACGUGCUAAGUGGAAAGCACACUUGGCAAACCCUCACCGUGAUCAAUUCCUACCCAGAAAUCUAUGUCCCCACUGUGGAAGGACGUGUGGGUCCAGAAUUGGCCUCCACAGUCACUUACGGACUCACCGUUAAGUCCGUGUUCAUGGAAGACAAUCUUACUUGGCUACGAGUGAUAGGAGAAGAGGAGGAGGAGCAGGAGGAGGAGGAAGAAGAAGAAGAAGAAGAAGAAGAAGAAGAAGAAGAAGAAGAAGAGAGCUCUCUCACCUCUUUCCCCUAGCUGGGCAAACUCUAACUAGGUUUUGGGAAGGAGGAGGGAAGACUCUAAGACUCACUUACCGGGCUUUGGGAAGGCAUCGCGGAGGCUGGGGAGGGCCGCCCAAAAAACCCUCGAGGGCCAUGAGCAAGGAUUCUCCUGCCAUCUUGCAGAGGGGGGCAGCUGUCCUAGAUGAUAACUUUUGAAGGCUGCUACGUUUGGCAGAGUGGGUGCCGUCCAUUCAGUCGAGUGAGCUGGCCUUGUGGAUUCCUCAGCUCAGGGAUGUGUAGACCACCCAAGCUGCGCUGUGAUGUCACCAUGCCACAGAACCCGGACAAGACCCAACAAUGGGCAGUCAUAAAGACAUGAGCACGGGAUACGUGGCAAGCCCCACUAAGGUUGGGCAUGACAUGAAAAGGAGGUCUGGCAAUCAUUUUCUCUUCUCCGUCUUUGCUCUCAGUAUGGGAGAGGAGGCACACAGAAUUGGAAGGGACCUGAAAAUCCCAAUGUAUCGAAAUCUCAAUGGAGCAGAAAAGAUUAUUUAUGUAUGAGAUGGCCCAGAGAUGGAAAGAAGAUAAAGACCAGAGAAGAAUGGCAGAUUAAGUUGACGGAUUAUGCCGAAAUGGCCAAAAUGACCGGAAGAAUCAGAAAUCAGGAAGACCAAAAUUUUAAUAAGGAAUGGGGGAAAUUUAUCAUUUAUCUUAAAAAUCAUUGUAAACAGUUAAAAUUGUUACUAGGGUUGGAAUUACACUUGUAGUUUAAUGGUGAAUUUUGGAUAUAAUGGAGAUGUAAAAGAUUUGGAUUUUUAUAAAAGAUGCAGGAGGAAAUGACUAACAAUAGGACCCACAAAGGGAAAGAGGGAAGUUCAGGAGUUUGUUUGGAAACUUAUUUUUAUGAUGUAUGUUGGCUAUGUGAUUGUAAAACUUUAAUUUGAAAAAACAAAUAAAUAAAUUUAAUUUUAAAAAAAGAAUUGGAAGAGACCCUGGGGCUCAUCUAGAGCAACCCCCCCCCCCCAAAUGCAGGAAAAUUCAGCUGAUUCUUACGGGGAUCGAACUUGCAUCCUUGACAUUAUCGGCACCAUGCUUCUAACCAACCGAAAUGUCCAGGCUCAGUGAAUUAUGACAGUGUUACAGUAAAACUUGUUCAAUAUUGGCCAUGAUUCUGAUGCUGUUGCUCCAAGGCAAAGACACAGCAUUAUAGAAGCAUAGGACUGUGGAGUUGGAAGGGACCCCAGCGGUCAUCUAUUUCCACCCUCUGCAAUGCAGGAAUCUCAGCUAAAGCAUCCCUGACAGAUCCCAUCAUCCUCUGCUUAAAAACCUCCAAGAAAGGAGAGCCUACCACCUUCUGAGAGUACCCGUUCCACUGUCAAAUGGCUCUUAACUAUCAGAAAGUUCUUCCUAAUGAUUAGUCAGAAUCUUCUUCCUUUUGAUUUGACUCCAUUGGUUCAGUUCCUACUGCCCAGGCCAACAGAAAAUAGACUUGCAAUGAAUGAAACUUAUAGAGUAAAAAAUUAAGAAGAAAUGGGUAUGAGAUGAGAUAGUCAAAAAUAAUAUUGAUAACACAGCGAAAAGAAGAAAAGAAACAAAGGAAGCCACAUAUAGGUGGAGGGAAGUCAAAAUUUAUGUCUGUAUGUUUAGUUUGUAUGUUUGUUUUAUUUUUUUGUAACCUAAGUUGAGAGGUGUAUGUAUCUAUGUAUAAUAAGUUUGUUUAGUGUUCUGGUUUGUGUUUGUAAGUAUUGCAUUUAUCAACAGAAGUUAAAAAAAGGGGGGGAAAUAGACUUGCUCCACCUUCCCUGUGAUAGCUCUUUAUAUAUUUGAAGAUAGCUAUCAUGUCACCUCUCAGUCUUCUCUUUUCCAGGCUAAACAUACCCAGCACUCUCUAGUAUAAUGUCAUAAGGCUCGGUUUCCAGAUCUUUGAUAAUCUUGUGUCACCCAAUAUUGACUCUUAAUACCUAUAUUUAAUGAGCAUCUCUCCCCAUUAAAAAAAACCCCUUCCCAUUUUAAAGAAAGUUUUUGUGCACAGGAGGGAGAGGGUUCAAACAAAUCAGGACAAAUGCCUCAGAAACUGUGGAUGCUGUGUAACCUCCCUGCAAACAUGGUGCAAAAAAUUAAAUGCAUCUCGAUGAAAUUGAUAACUAGAUCAACUGGAAGUGAGAAAGCAUGAAUUCAGAGUCAAAGCGCCACAGGUGCCAUUCAGGAGAGACACUUUGGCGCAAAUUGCCUCUGCAAUCUGUAUGCCGCGAAUACGAAGAUGAUCUUUUAUGCAUAACAAGCCCAUUUAAUGAGACAAUCUAUAGAGUCACCAAGCAAGAUGCAUGCACUCUGUAACACUGGCGGAUAUAUUUAUGUGUUUUGUUUUUAAUUUUACAGUUGCUACAGUCAUUGUUCUCUUAAAAACAAUUAACAAAAAAUAGCACAGUUGAAACAACGACGCCAGGGAUUGUCGGGAGUGGGAGAGCCAACACUUGCAGCAUUCUUUAACCUCCCUCAUCUUGAAUACCACUUGACACAUUUUAGCCACCCAAUUUGAAUGCCAGAUUUGCUAGGUGGUUCCUUAUUCACACUGAGACGCACCCCUUUUAUGUAUGCAUGACGCCGCAGUUCUUGCUCCAUGUGGAAUUUUGUAUAAGGUGAAUACUUGUGUACAGGAGGUGGGGAACAACAGAACGAGAGCGAGAGAGAGAGAGAGAGAGAGAGAGAGAGAGAGAGAGCUUCUGAAAACAGUGGUGGGGUGGGGUGACUGGCGGCUCCAGCAGUGGCAGGCAGAAAGGAAGGAGGUGUCUGCCUUCUCCACAGGCAGAAGCUACAGAUCCAUUCCAGCCUUUUUCUUCUGCCUGCACCUCUCUCUGCCUCAUGGCUCUGACUCCAUCUGAGCUCCUUUGGCCACUGUUUGUGGAGAGAGAUAUUUGGGGGCGAGAAGUUGCUUUUGAGAUGCACAAGCAAAGACGAGAAGGAGGAGGAGGAGGAGGAAGAGGCAUUGCACCCUCAGCCUUCUCCAGAUCUGCCCUGCCUCUGGAAAUCUUGGCACAGCUAUUUUUCUCUGAAGUUUAAAAUCUCCUGUUUUGGCUUCUCGACCCCUCUUGUUCUGGUUGCUUUGUUUGUCGUUGCCCCCCACCUCUUUCUUGCUCGUCUUGUCAUUUUCCGACCUCCCUUCUUCCUUCAUUGAAAUAAAAUAAAUAAGUAAAAUAUCCUGGGUGCACACCUUAAUGAAAUGUGCUGCACUCACCCAUUGCAGAAUAUUUUAAAACGAGGGGCAUUACCAUAAAAAUUGAGUGCAAGGCGUGCUUUGUCCCUGCCUACGAUGGAGGUGUGGUGGUGGAGAUUUGCACAAAUGGUGAAGGAUGCCAGAGGGCAGACUUGUACUUUAUUCUCUGCAAAAGAUGGGUGUACGGUUUGGCAGCUAUAUAUAUGAACUGACCUCCACCCAGCCUCUGGAGUGUGUGCUUGUGAGAGAGAGAGAGAGAGAGAGAGAGAGAGAGAGAUUUGCUUCCUAAUUCUUGGAAUAUAGCCACAUAAUGAUGUAGUUUGGUGCAAUACAAUCUGGUGACUUUCCCCACCAAUCCGUUCAAGUCCUUUCAAGUGAUGCGAGUUUAAUCUGGACCAAGGUGUACAUUGCAGUGUGCGAUCCAAAGCCACUUGUAGCAAGUUUCUGCCGGGUGUGAAAAGUAGUUGCUCUGUAGAGACAAGCCCCUGUCCCUCUCCCAGCUUCUUCCAGCUUCUUAAUUAUACUUUUAAAGCGGGGGGAAAGGAAGAAGACAGGAGACAGCAGCCAGGAAGGCAGGAUGACCUUAAAACCAAACAUACUAUUAAGCUCCUAGUUGUGGGUUAAAAAGACGAGGCAGUGUUUGGUUUGGGAGUUCACUUAAAGGUUCGAACAAUAUUUUGUUUCGGAGGCUGCCAAGGGAGGAGAUUCCUGCCUGCGUUAUCAGUUAUCCUCUUCCUCUGGGGGCACCAUCUGGCAGGAAGGUCUCUUGCAGAAGCCCCAGGGGAACAAAUUGGCCCUUUGCCAGAGGGCCCAAAAGGUGGACAUGUGUGAGAUUCUGAAUUAGGGAUGGGGGAGAGAUUUGAUGUGGUUCACAUCUAAUGUCAAAUCUGCCAAACUUGCCUGAGUUUGAACCAAAACACAGCUGCCUUUUGAAACUUGUAUUUCCCCGAAUUUUGCAGUGGCGUUGACCAUUAAGUAAAAUAAGGUGGGGAGUGUGGUGCAGCAGUAAGCCUAAGCCGUAGAACGUUUAAAAACAUCUUAAACAAUGGAGCUAAAACCAUAAAACUUAACUAAAAGCUGGAGGGUUUGAUUAAUGUUGCCGUGGUUGUUGCCAACUCAUUGGCAGAUCCUUCCUAAAAAGAUCCACACAGAUUUCCCAUUCCGAUGUACAGUAGUACAGUGGUACCUCGGGAUGCGAACGGGAUCCAUUCCGGAGCCCCGUUCGCAUCCCGAACGGAACGCAAGAUGCGACGGCGCGUCUGUGCUUGCAUGGGUCGCGUUUCGCUGCUUCCGCGCAUGCGCAUGAUGUCAUUUUGAGUGUCUGCGCAUGCGUGAGCGGCGAAACCCGGAAGUAACACGCUCUGUUACUUCCGGGUUGCCACAGAGCACAACUCAAACAGGCUCAACCCGAAGCACAUUCAACUCGAGGUAUGACUGUACCUUGGUUCUCGAUCUUAAUCCGUUCCGGGAGUCCAUUCGACUCCCGAAACCAUUAAAAAACCAAGGCGCAGCUUCUGAUUGGCUGUAGGAGCUUCCUGCACUCAAGCAGAAACCGCGUUGGACGUUCGGCUUCCAAAAAACGCUCGCAAACCAGAACACUUACUUCCGGGUUUGCAGUGUUCGAGAGCCAAUUUGUUUGACAACUAAGCCCUCCAAGAACCAAGGUACCACUGUAUUCUCCCACCCCCAUUCCCCCAGGCACAUUUCUUUCCAAAGAAGCCCUGAGAAGGAAAUACUUUCCAUUUGAAUGGGCCCAGAUGUCAGGGACUGGACUGAGGAGGAAUGGUGGAGACAGCCCCACCCCUUCCCCUGAACCUUCCCAAGAAGAGGAGGACAGUAUACCGUAUUUUUCGCUCCAUAAGGCGCACCUGACCAUAAGGCGCACCUACUUUUUUGGGGGGGGGGGUUCAAGAAAAAAAAAUAGCUGCUCUUGGGGGCUUUUGAGGGAGGUGGGGGAAGUGAGAGAGCCUCGCUCUGUCCCUUGCCCCACCUCCCGCAAAAGCCAGGGAUAGCCGCGCGAAGCCUCCCCAGGGCAGCGGGUUGAAGGCGGGUUGCAGGUUACCCCAGAGCUGCUCAGGAGCUUGUGGGGCUGGCGGGGGAAGCCCGGGUUUCCCCCACUCCCAGCCUCAAAGAGCAGGUCGGGGCUGGCAGGGGAAGCCCAGGUCCCCCACCCCCAGCCCCAGGGACCACACAUUCGCUCCAUAAGACGCACAGACAUUUCCCCUUAGAUUUUAAGAGGGGGAAAGUACGUCUUAUGGAGCGAACAAUACAGUAGAUUUACAGCAGUGGUUUGCAUUCCAGUCAGAAUUCUCAACAAAUGUUUUCCAUAGUGUUUCCCCCUAUUUUCCCUAACAUAAUGUCACAAUGUAUGGUUGCAUAAGUUUUGUUUAAACUAAAGCAAAAGCUCUGGAGAACUGUGAUUUAAACAAAACUUGAUACAUUCCCUAGUUCAUCUUGCUUUCUUCUUACUCUUGCAAAAAACCCCACAACCCUCCUCUGCAAUCUUUCCCUUUAACUGACUAAACUUUGUUCUUUAUGACAUUGUCUGUUGCUGUACACCUAAAUUGAAGCCACUGCAUGGAACUGUACUAAAAGCUGGUAGUCUAUUAAAUUAAUAAAAUUUGUGCUCUAAAACAACAACAACAACAACAACAACAACAGUGGUUUGCAGAAGGUCAAAGCUCAGAGGCUGCAGAGAGGAGAAGCUGGGAAAUAUUGGGAGAGGGGCAGGAGGAAGAAGAAGCACCGGGGGAGAGGCAGCGACAGAUUCAGUGUCCUUGGAGAGCAUUCCUGACCCCGCCCUCCCAGGACCGGCGGGCAUUGAGAGUAGGAGAACAGAAAACUCAAGAGGCAGAAAGCACAGAUCAACCGACGCAGGGAUGAUGUAGAAUAGGAGAGAUGGAGGGGGUGGGACUUUACUUGGAGCAACGCCAUUGUCUAAAAGAGAUGGCAUUUCUACGUCUCUCUGUGAAUAUUGAAUAAAACACUUGGUAAGAACUCUUCUCGUUUAUCUGCUUCUUGGCUGCCACUGUGGGAGGGAUCAGAUUCCCUGAACACCAGAGGACAGUGGCAAAAGUCGCAUCAGUCAAGGAGGCAGCAAGCACUGUAGGGGAAAAACAACAACUUAUGUACUGAAGUUCUCACCCUGGGCCAGCAGGCGGAUACUGUAGAUAGUUUUCACUCAGGUCCACAUAUGCAAAUAAGGAAUUGAAAGUGACGUCCAGUGAUUGGAUAGUUACAGAAAGUUGUUACUGUUGCGUUGUAGUGGAGCUCUAUAUAAGCAGGCUGGCUGAACCCUUCAGUUCAGUUCUGUUCUGGCCUGUGAAUAAACAAGAGCUGUUUGAAGAAUCGCUGUGUCGUCUGAUAUGUUCACCCACAACUUAACAACAACCAUACCAUUUUCUUCUCCUCUUUCUCCUUUCAGACACUGCAAGAAAUCUUUCAGACAGAAAAUACAAUAAUGUUGCUGGAAAGAGCCAUAAUGGCUAAGGAGAGCCCACUCAAGGUAGCCCAGACACGCCUUGAAGCCCGAACAUGGCGGCCAAAUAUGGAGUUGUGCCGGGACGUACCCCAGUACAAGUGAGUGAGCCCCCCCCUCAUCUCCCACCCUCCAGAUAUUGCUGCCUGAAGGUCUAUCACAUUCCAGAUCUAUUUGCUGUUGAUGCAGAACGCAUCAAGGAUUAUUAGUGCUACAGGAUUCGGGGAGUUGGUUUGGAUGCCAUCUUUGAGCUCCCGUCGCUUUCUAUUUCUGCAAGAUGGAAUUCUGCAAUCAGCGUUUCUCACACUUGGGUCUCCUCCACCUUUUGUGGGACGACAACUCCUAUUAUCCCUAGCUAGCAGGAUCUGUGGUCAGGGAUGAUGGGAAACUGUAGUCCAGUAAUAGCUAGGGACCCAUGUUUGAGAAACACAGUACCGGUAGAAGUGGUCAAACCAGUUGGUGGUCCCUAGCCAAGUCUCCUAGACAUCUUUUUACAUGACUAAAGGGUGGCGCUGUGCGUUAAACCACAGAGCCUAGGGCUUGCCGAUUAGAAGGUCAGCGGUUCAAAUCCCUGCGACGGGGUGAGCUCCCGUUGCCCGGUCCCUGCUCCUGCCAACCUAGCAGAUCAAAAGCACGUCAAAGUGCAAGUAGGUAAAUAGGUACCGCUCCGGCGGGAAGGUAAACGGCAUUUCCGUGUGCUGCUCUGGUUCGCCAGAAGCGGCUUAGUCAUGCUGGCCACAUGACCCGGAAGCUGUACGCCGGCUCCCUCGGCCUAUAGAGCGAGAUGAGCGCGCAACCCCAGAGUCGGUCACGACUGGACCUAAUGGUCAGGGGUCCCUUUACCUUUAAGGACACCGUCACCCAACUGCUUUAUUGCAGGAGUAUUAUGCAAGAUGCUUUUGACGCAAUGGGCCCGUCUACACUGCUGUUUGUCCUGUGAUUUCUUGUCCGAGAGGAGUUAUUUUUGUCCCACAGCUUUCCCGUGGUUUAUGGCUGAAUUGGAACAAAUGCCAAUAUGCAGGAAACCCGAUUUGUUCCAAUUCAGCAGUAAGCCAUGGGUUUCCCCAGGGAAAGUGGCAGGACCAAAAGAAAGAAGAACUUGAACCCCUGGCUAAGAAAUCAUGGGAUAAAAGGGCGUGUGGAUGGGCCCAAUAAUAAUGCUGGAUUUAUUCUGCUUUAUGUUUGUUACGCGAUGCUUCCACAAUGCAAGUACAUUAUUACUGUCUGGAUGAGCUAUAGCGUAACAAAAGUGGAACAUGAAUAAACCAGAAUAUUUGCAGAAUUAAAAGUUAUGGGACUUCAGCAGAAGUUGAAAUGAAGUCGUGUGAUUGCUCCAAACUUUUGCAGGUGCAGAAGUUGGCCUUCUCUGCCAACUUUUAAACGCCUGCUGAGAGCUUUUAUAUUCUGCCAGGCCAGUGCAGGCAAUUAAGAAUACACCCUUUCACAAUGGCUAAUUAAUGCCUGCUUUAAACCUUCUUUAUGAUGUUUAUUGUAUAAUUUUACGAUUGCUGUAAACUGCCUAGAUACAUUUUUCAUGACAUAGAGGUAUAUAAAGAUCUUUAUCAAUAAAUAUAAAUAAAUAGUACUGAAGGGGUGAUCGUGUACGACUGCCCCAAUGGCACCAUGAGUGUUCCUCUGUGCAUUUCAUAGCAUCAUAGAAUAGUGUUGUGGACUAUACUUUGCUCCUCACAGAACUACGGUUCCCAGGGGCACCCUCAGGAAACUACAGUUCCCAGGAUUCUUUGUUGUGGGAGAAUUCCUCCACUUUGGCAUGGCUGUGACUGUUGUAGACUGUAUCUCCCAUCAUCCCUGACCAUUGACCAUGCUGGUUGGAGCUGAUGGGAGUUGGAAUCCAGUGACAGAUGGAGGGCACCAUGUUGGCUAACCAUGCCCUAUGUUUCUGCAAGGCUUCUGUUCCAUUGCUCUUUGUUUUUUCUCUAACCACAAAGAGGCCCGGUGCGCCUCCCCACCCUGUUUUCCCUUCUCAUAAAGUUGGGAGACACAGGAUGUUUUGACACCAGGCGCUGGCGGUGAUCGUGUUAAGGGUCGGAGAAGCUGUUUGCCGAAAUCGUUUUUUUCGAAGCCGCCCUCCCCCUCCGAAAAGAAAAAAGGGUUGACUCAUCUUUUCCUAGUGCACCUGUAUGAGCCUCAGUGGGUGGGAGUGAUAACAUCUCCAGCAGCACAAAGCGUUUUACAGGAUCUGGCUAAGCAUCAAAGGGGUUUUAUAGCAGAGCUUGCAAACACGGAAUCUGCUCCGUCCUCUGCAAGAGCAGGGACAAAAAAGAGAGAGAGAGAAGAAAAGGAGUGUCACACCCGCACACAAUAGGAACACAGCAAGCAGGCUUGUUAUAUUGAGCUUUGGUCCAGCUAGUUCAGUGUUGUCUACACUGACUGGCAGAAGCUCUCCAGGGUUUCAGAAAUAAUAAUAAUAAUAAUAAUAAUAAUAAUAAUAAUAAUUGUAUGGCACCCAUUUGUGGCUUCCAACAGAUAUAAAAAGAUCUUACAGUCCUUUUAUAUCUGUUGGAAGCCGCCCAGCAUGGCUGGGGCAACCCAAUCAGAUGGGUGGCUUAUUAUAAUUACAGUGGUACCUCGGAAGUCGAAUGGAAUCCGUUCCGGAAGUCCGUUCCACUUCCAAAACAUGCAGAAAUGAAAGCGUGGCUUCUGAUUGGCUGCAGGAAGCUCCUGCAGCCAAUCGGAAGCCCGCUGGACGUUCGGCUUCCAAAAAUAGUUCGCAAACUGGAACACUCACUUCCGGGUUUGCGGCGUUUGGGAGCCAAAACCUUCGAGAACUAAACUGUUCGAAAACCAAGGUAUGACAUUACCUCAUCAUUCUAUAUCCUCCAAGGUUUCUCUGACGAAAAUAGGGGCAUCCUAUUCAAUCAUCAUCAAUAGUGCUUUUUUUUCUGGGGGUAUUCAAGAGUACGCAGUACCAGCACCUUUUUCCUCCCCAAACGUUAAAAGUGCGGCACUUACUGGAACCACUACAUGGUGAAUACUGAUACCUUUUCCCCUUAAAAAAGCACUGGUUGUUGUUGUGGUGGUGAUUUUACUAUUCAUACCCCACCCACCUGACUGGAUUGCCCCAGCCACUCCGGGCAGCUUCCAACAUAUAUAAAAACAUAAUAAAACAUUAAACAUUUUUUAAAACUCCCCUGUACAGGGCUGCGUUCAGAUGUCUUUUAAAGGUUGUACAGUAACUUAUCUCCUUGACUCGGGAGUCGCACAACUCCACACACUACAACGUUUCUCUGAUGAAAAUAGGGACGUCCUAAGGAAAAGCGGGACAUUCCGGGAUCAAAUCAGAAAUGGCUUCUGUAAAUCUGAGACUGUCCCUGGAAAAUAGGGACACUUGGAAGUUCUGUUAUUAUUUAUAGUGAAGGGCUGCAGGGCUCUGAUCUGGCAACACAGUCUGCCUUUGAUGUUUUAUCGUGUUUUUAAUAUUCUGUUGGGAGCGGCCCAGAGUGACUAGGGAAACCCAGAUGGGCAGGGUAUAAAAUAAUAAUAAUAAUAAUAAUAAUAAUAAUAAUAAUAAUAACAACAACAACAAUAAUUGGGGCCUGAUUUAGGUUUGAUGAGGCCCUAAGCUACUGAAGGUAAUGGGGGCCCUUUAUAUGUCCAGCUGUUUUAUAACGGGGUCAAAAUAAAAAAAUUAUGUAUUACAUGAAAUCAAUCAGCAGGCAUAAGACUCAUGCCCUUAGUCUACGCUGCCUGAUCAUCAGUCUACAAGCACUCUUUGUGGGAGUCAUAAAGCCACGGCAAAGGCUUGUAAUAUUGCAGGGUGCCCCCUGACCUCGGCUGACCAGCACUCUGAGCUUUACAAUGUAUUGGAAUGUGUUGACCUUAAAUGGAGUUGUAUUUCCUCUGGGCAGUGAUGACCUUAUAUGGUUUGUGGGUGGGUUAAAGCCUUGACCGGAUGAGGUAACGUGAGACAUUGGCAAACGGCCAUGCGGCUGGAGAGAGACAAAGGAUAAUAAAAAAGCUACAGGAGGAGAGGGAAGUUCGAAAGGAGCUGCUCAUACCAUCCUGAAAAUAUUGCUGGCUCUCUGUGUCUUUAUUUUAUGCUAAACUGCGCCAUUUGUAACGGCUGGCUCCGACAAGUGGUGCCCCGUGAGAGGCUCGAACUCACGACCUUCAGAUUAUGAGACUGAAGCUCAGAGUGCUGGUCAGCCGAGGUCAGGGGGCACCCUGCAAUAUUACAAGCCUUUGCCGUGGCUUUAUGACUCCCACACUCUUUAAUAUUAGACAGCAGGUACAACAGCUUGACCUGCAUUCAACUGUGCUGCCCUGCAGUCUGCAGCUGCAUGCUCUAUGUUGUCAUGCAACCAGUCCAUGCAGAAUGUAGGCACCCUAUAUCUAGAAAGGAGCAAACCAGUGAUCUUUCAGGGAGCAGACUAGCAGGCCUUACAUCAUAGGGGCCUACACAACACAAAACACUGUUGCUGUAUGUCGGUUUUGUUUUAUUUGUUUUUUAUCUUAUAUUUUGGAAAUGUACGUCCAAUUCUUUUUUCCCCUUUAAAUUUAUAGGGGGGCCCCCAAGAGAUUGGGGCCCUAAGCUAUAUAGCUUGUUUCGCUUAUACGUAAAUCCGGCACUGAUUAUUAUUCUGGGUUGAUGAUGCUACCUCUAGGCGGAAGCUGGUGUUCUGUUUAUUCAUCCCUUCCUUCAAUGAUUUGCAAACCGCUUCCCCCACAAAUGUUUCUGAGGUUCUGACUGUUGCAAGAAUUUAUGUAUAGGUUGGGGGGGGGGUUGCCCCUACAGCAGAUAUCAUGCACAUGCAGCCCACUACCAAUAUCAGCACAAUCACUUUUGUGACUUGUCCUCACAAAACACUUCAUCAGAGUUUCUUCCUAUCUAUUCAAAGGCCCUUUGCUGCACGAUACCAAAUUUAACAAUUCACUGAUAGAUGUAUCUAUGUACUGGCUCACUGGGAAAACUUCAGAAAUUCAUAUAGACAUGUCAGCUCAGCUACUCAGCAGCUCCUCUGCCUCAGUGAUCAUUCCUGGCAUCCUGAUACCUGAGUGCUAGAUAGGUAGCCAUUCCAGAGAUAACAAACCCAGAUGAAGACAAAAGGGUGUGAUUAACUUGGUUGGGAAGGGACGUGGGUGGUGCUGUGGGUUAAACCACAGAGCCUAGGACUUGCUGAUCAGAAGGUCGGCAGUUUGAAUCCCUGCGACGGGGUGAGCUCCCGUUGCUCGGUCCCUGCUCCUGCCAACCUAGCAGUUCGAAAGCACGUCAAAGGGCAAGUAGAUCAAUAGGUACCGCUCCGGCGGGAAGGUAUAUGGUGUUUCCGUGCACUGCUCUGGUUCGCCAGAAGCGGCUUAGUCAUGCUGGCCACAUGACCUGGAAGCUGUACGCUGGCUCCCUUAGCCAAUAAAGCAAGAUGAGCGCCGCAACCCCAGAGUCGGCCACAACUGGACCUAACGGUCAGGGGUCCCUUUACCUUUACCUUUACCUUUAACUUGUUUGGGAAACAGGGAAAUGUAAAGAUCUCUUUUGUUACACUUGAUGGGUGUUUGGUGGAGGGCAAGGAGAACCAUGGGGCAGGGUCCAGGAUGCUCACAUUACUGCCACCAGACCCUUUCAUGAUGUAACCGUGAUGUAUUAGUGAUGUAGUUUUGGGGGGGUGUAACAUGGGGAUUAGCGGCUAAUAAAAGUUUGGGUUCUCUUUUGUUCGGGGCUUCCAUCUUGUUCCACCUGGUGGCAGGUGGGAGUCCUGUGGCAACAGUCUUCAGUAAAGACCAAGCCUACUGGCUGCUGUUUUGCUCUAGUAUUCCUGGCUGGUGUCCUUGUUUUUUUGUCCAAGGGAGCCCUCAGAUUUCUCCGUUAACAGAGUAUCUGUGUCCCCCCAACCCCACCCCCAUUUCAGGCUGGUGAACGAGGUUUUCACCAUCGACGACACGUUGCAGACCCUGAAGCUGCGCCUGCGCGAGGCUCACGACACCCUCCAGUUGCUCAUCCUCAACAAGUCCAAGCUGGAGCACGACCUUCUUGUGAAGGCCAACUCCCUUUUCAUCGACAAGGAGAAGUGCAUGGGGAUGAGGAAGACCUUCCCCAGCACCCCUCGCCUGGUCGGCUACACCUGAGCUUUCCCUACGACCUCUGCUCUGACAUAAAAGGUUUGCAAAUGAUGGGAGAACGUUCUGCUCGUUUCAUUGCUAUUUUUUUUCUUUGUUUGUUUGGUUAGCCAGCUUGACAAAGGAAAAAAAGAGAAGAAAUUGGAUAGCAAUAAAGCAUAAGAGAAACCAAAUCAGUGAAAAA